CCCGGACGGGCGCCGUAGCCGAGAGCUGGGCGGAUGUUGUGAGUCGGGACUCCGCGGCGGAGGUUGGGGGCCCUCAGGACUACAGGCUGCCCACAAGAGGUGAAAGAUGGCAUCCAAGGAGGGUGGCAUGGCUUUCUCCCGCAAGAGCUACAAACUGACCUCAGAUGCUGAGAAAUCCAGGGUCACAGGCAUCGUGCAUGAGAAGCUGCUGAACGACUACCUGCACCGUGUCUUUUCUUCCCCUGAUCACGGACCCGCGGCAGCCACCAGCAGGAAACCCCUGAACUUCCAGAACUUGCCAGAGCAUCUGGACCAGCUGUUACAUGUGGAUGACGAGGAGGAGGAGGAGAGCCAGGAACAGGUUGAAGGGCGGCUUGGCCCGUCCACUGUGGUCCUCGACCACACAGGUGGCUUUGAAGGGCUGCUUCUGGUGGAUGAUGACCUCUUGGGGGUGAUUGGACACAGCAACUUUGGGACAAUCCGCUCCACCACGUGCGUGUACAAAGGGAAAUGGAUCUACGAGGUGCUCAUCUCCUCCCAGGGGCUCAUGCAGAUUGGCUGGUGCACAAUCAACUGCCGCUUCAAUCAGGAGGAGGGGGUUGGAGAUACACACAACUCCUAUGCCUAUGACGGCAACCGGGUACGCAAGUGGAACGUGACCACGACGAACUACGGAAAGGCGUGGGCAGCAGGGGACAUCGUGAGCUGCCUGAUCGACCUGGACGAAGGCACUCUGUCCUUCUCCCUGAAUGGUGUGUCACUGGGCACUGCCUUUGAGAACUUAUCCAGGGGCCUGGGCAUGGCUUACUUCCCAGCCAUCAGCCUCUCUUUCAAGGAGUCUGUGGCCUUCAACUUCGGCAGCCGUCCCCUGCGCUACCCAGUGGCAGGCUACCGGCCCCUGCAGGACCCGCCGAGCGCCGACCUGGCUCGGGCACAGAGGUUGCUGGGCUGUUUCCGGGCCGCGCUCAGCGUGGAGCUGGACCCCGUGGAAGGGCGACUGGUGGAGAAGGAGAGCUCUGAGUGGCGGUUGCAGGGCCAGCCCACCAUCCUCCUCACCCUGGCCCAUAUAUUCCAUCACUUCGCACCGCUCCUGCGCGAGGUGUACGUGGUGGAGGCCGUGCUCGUGCGCUUCCUGCUGGCUGCGGCGGAGGCGGGCCCCCCCGAGCGGGCGCAGCCCGCGGCGCACCAGGUGCUGGACCUCCUGUGGCUCUUCCUGGAGGACUAUGAGGUGCAGGACUGCCUCAAGCAGCUGAUGAUGUCCCUGUUGCGGCUGUACCGCUUCUCGCCCAUCGUCCCCGACCUAAGCCUGCAGAUCCGCUACCUGCGGCUCACCAUCGCCAUCCUCAGUCACCAGAAGUCCCGCAAGUUUCUGCUUAGCAACGUCCUCUUCGACGUGCUGCGGUCUGUCGUCUUCUUUUACAUCAAGAGCCCGCUGCGCGUGGAGGAGGCAGGCCUCCAGGAGCUUAUCCCGACCACAUGGUGGCCCCACCGCUCCCCCAGGGAGGGCAAAGAGGAGAUGAGGGAAGAGACCUCCGAGGAGAGGCUCCGGCGGCGUGCCUACGAACGGGGCUGCCAGAGGCUCAAGAAGCGCAUUGAAGUGGUGGAAGAACUACAGGUCCAGAUCCUGAAGCUGCUGCUGAACAAUAAGGAUGACAACGGGGGUGAAGCUUCCAGGUACAUCUUUCUGACCAAGUUCCGGAAGUUUCUGCAGGAGAAUGCCAGCGGCCGGGGGAACACGCCCAUGCUCUGCCCCCCCGAGUACAUGGUCUGCUUCUUGCACCGCUUGAUCUCGGCCCUGCGCUUCUACUGGGACGAGUACAAGGCUUCGAACCCGCGCACCUCCUUCAGUGAGGAGGCCUACGUCCCACCCCAGAUCUUCUAUAAUGGCAAGGUGGACUACUUUGACCUGCAGCGCCUCGGAGGCCUCCUCUCACACCUUCGGAAGACGCUCAAAGAUGACCUUGCCUCCAAGGCCAACAUCCUGAUCGACCCGCUGGAGCUCCAGGCGACCACCAUGGACGACCUGGACGAGGACGAGGAGCCAGCCCCCGCUGCGGCCCAGCGCCCCAUGCAGGCCCUGGCCGUGGGGGGCGCGCUGCCCCUGCCUCGGCCUGGCUGGCUCAGUUCUCCAACCCUGGGCCGAGCCAACCGCUUCCUCAGCACCGCAGCUGUGACCCUGAUGACCCCACGGCGGCCCCUGAGCGCCUCAGAGAAAGUGAAGGUCCGCACCCUGAGCGCAGAGCAGAGGACGCGCGAGGACAUCGAAGGUAGCCAGUGGAAUGAGGGCCUGCUGGUGGGGCGGCCCCCCGAGGAACCUGACCAGCCCCUCACUGAGAACUCCCUGCUGGAAGUCCUAGACGGCGCUGUCAUGAUGUAUAACCUCAGUGUUCACCAGCAGCUGGGCAAGAUGGUGGGAGUGUCUGACGAUGUCAACGAGUACGCGAUGGCCCUGCGGGACACAGAGGACAAGCUCCGCCGGUGCCCCAAGCGGAGGAAGGACAUCCUGGCGGAGCUGACCAAGAGCCAGAAGGUUUUCUCAGAAAAGCUGGAUCACCUCAGCCGCCGUCUGGCCUGGGUCCAUGCCACCGUCUACUCCCAGGAAAAGAUGCAGGACAUUUACUGGCUGCUUCGAGUCUGCCUGCGGACCAUUGAGCACGGCGACCGCACGGGUUCUCUCUUUGCCUUCAUGCCCGAGUUCUACCUGAGCGUGGCCAUCAACAGCUAUAGCGCCCUCAAGAAUUACUUCGGCCCCGUGCACAGCAUGGAGGAGCUCCCAGGCUAUGAGGAGACCCUGACCCGUCUGGCUGCCAUCCUUGCCAAACACUUCGCAGACACACGCAUCGUGGGCACUGACAUCCGGGACUCACUGAUGCAGGCUCUGGCCAGCUACGUGUGCUACCCCAACUCCCUGCGGGCCGUGGAGCGGAUCCCUGAGGAGCAGCGCAUCGCCAUGGUGAAGAACCUCCUGGCUCCCUACGAGCAGCGGCCCUGGGCCCAGACCAACUGGAUCCUGGUUCGGCUCUGGCGGGGCUGUGGGUUUGGGUACCGCUAUACGCGGCUGCCACACCUGCUAAAAACCAAACCUGAGGAUGCCAGUCUGCCCAGCCUCCAGAAGCCCUGCCCCUCCACCCUGCUGCAGCAGCACAUGGCAGACCUGCUGCGGGAGGGUUCGGACGUGGCCCCCAGCUUCCUCAACAGUGUCCUCAACCAGCUCAACUGGGCCUUCUCCGAGUUCAUUGGCAUGAUCCAGGAGAUCCAUCAGGCUGCAGAGCGCCUGGAGCGGAACUUCGUGGACAGCCGGCAGCUCAAGGUAUGCGCCACCUGCUUUGACCUGUCAGUCAGCCUGCUGCGCGUCCUGGAGAUGACCAUCACACUGGUGCCGGAGAUCUUCCUUGACUUGGCCCGGCCGACCUCUGAGAUGCUGCUGCGGCGGCUCGCACAGCUGCUGAAUCAGGUGCUGAACCGGGUGACAGCCGAGAGGAACCUCUUUGACCGUGUGGUUACCCUGCGGCUGCCUGGCCUGGAGAGUGUGGACCACUACCCCAUUCUGGUGGCAGUGACCGGCAUCCUGGUGCGACUCCUGGUGCAUGGCCCAGCCUCAGGGACAGAGAGAGCCACGUCAGUACUCCUGGCUGAUCCCUGCUUCCAGCUCCGCUCCAUAUCCUACCUGUUGGGGCAGCCGGAGCCCCCUGCUCCUAGCACUGCCCUGCCAGCCCCUGACCGGAAGCACUUCUCCCUACAGAGCUAUACAGAUUACAUCAGCGUGGAGGAGCUGGCCCAGGUGGAGCAGAUGCUGGCACACCUAACCUCUGCAUCUGCACAGGCGGCAGCUGCCUCCCUGCCCACCAGUGAGGAAGACCUCUGCCCCAUCUGCUACGCUCACCCCAUCUCUGCUGUGUUCCAGCCCUGUGGCCACAAGUCCUGCAAAGCCUGCAUCGACCAGCACCUGAUGAACAACAAGGACUGCUUCUUCUGCAAAGCCACCAUCGUGUCAGUGGAGGACUGGGACAAGGCAGCCAAUGCAAGUGCCACUUCCUCGGCUGCUUAGGCCUGCCUGGCCCACACAGCAGGAACCUCCACCCCUCAACUCAAAUCCAGGCUGGGCCCUAUUUAUGAGCCCCUUGCCCUGUCCCCCUCUCCCCACUCCAUCCCACCUCCUCGCCUGUGUGAACCUCUUCAGCAGGGGCCCAGCCAUGCCUUCUUUGUGCCUCAGCUUGAUUUUCAGUCAGGGCCGCAGUGAGCAUUAAAUUAUUAUUCCAUACA